AUGGCCUGCAUAUACCAGCUCCACGAGAGUGAGAUCUAUUCAGUAAAGUGGUACAAGGGCUCGCAGGAGUUCUAUAGAUAUUCUCCCUUAGAGUCUCCCACUACUAGAGUGAUGCCCGUAAAUGGAAUCAAAAUUGAUAGGUUAAAUUCAAAUGAGACACACGUAGUUAUAAUGAAUGUUACACCAAACUUAAGCGGGAACUACAGCUGUGAAGUAAUCCAGAAUGCUCACACUUUUCCCCAUUAUACGGCCAAAUCAAGACUUGAUGUUGUAGGUAUUGGUGGUCUCCGAGCGACAGAGCUUAGAAUAUCGCCGCCUGUGGUACAGCGUGGAUCAGACGUUACUUUAGCCUGUCUGUACGAGCUAACAGAGGCGCCACUCUACUCUGUUAAGUGGUACAGGGGCCGACAUGAGUUUUACCGGUUCUCACCAAGUGAGACGCCAGCUACCAAGAUAUUUCCCUUCGCUGGAAUUAAUGUUGAUGUAAGUAUUUUGUAG